UAUUUAUAUAUAUAUAAAAAAAAAAAAAAGAAAUAGAUCAUGAACAAUAAUAUUCAACAACCUCCUGUAGGUCUCCCUCCCCCUCAAGGUUAUCCUCCACAAGGUUACCCAAAUGGAAUAUAUCCUCCACCACCGCCAGUAUAUCCUCCUCAGGGCCAGGGAUAUGCACCAGGUUAUCCUACACAAGGAUAUUACCCUCCCCAACCCCAAGGUUACCCUCCCAUGGGAUACCCACAAGGUUACCCUCCUCAGAGCUGCCACCCCCCUCAGUACGGUGCACCACCCCCACCCCUACAUGGACAUGGACAUCCUAAAAAACAAAAACAAAACCAAGCAGCUACUGGUGUCAUGGGCGGAUGUUUGGCUGCUAUAUGUUGUUGCUGCCUCUUAGAUGCAUGCCUUGAAUGAAGGGUCAGUAGAGAAAGUGAUUUACUUUGUGCAAGUGAUCUGCAACAGAAGGUGAUGCCCAUGCAUAGGGUUAUGCAUGCUGGAAGGUGAUGCUCAUGUAUUAGGGUUGUGCAUGCUGGAUCGAUCAUCGGAAAAUCUAGCUUUCCUUUUUGUAAAUGUCUCGUCAUCGAUAGACAAUUUGAAUCUCGAUUUCAGAAAUUAUCCUGAUGUGGUUAAUAUACAACGCGUUCAAGUAGCUAUUCAGUUAAUACCUUGUUAUAUACAUUCUGAGAGAUGCAUUAAUGUGGAUAUAUAGUAAAAAUUUUGAGUUUGCUUCAA